AUGAAAGCCAUAAUACAACGGGUGCUGUCGGCAUCCGUGACGGUGGACAAGGAGGUUGUGUCCUCUAUCGGCAAGGGCAUACUUGUGCUUGCCGCCGUCGGUGUCGGGGAUACCGAGAAGGAGGCCGACAGCUUAGCGGCCAAGGUGUUGAAGCUGAAGAUUUGGGAUGGCGAGAAUGGUUCUAGGUGGAAGAGAAGCGUGACUGAGAUCGAGGGAGAGAUACUCUGCGUCUCCCAAUUCACACUACUCGCCAAGACGUCCAAAGGCAACAAGCCCGACUUCCACCAGGCGGCGCCGGGAGAAGAGGCGAAGCGACUUUAUCACUACUUCCUUGAGAAAGUGAAGGCGGGGUACGUGGCGGAGCGGGUCAAGGACGGCAGGUUCCAGGCUAUGAUGGAGGUGGCCUUGGUGAAUGACGGGCCGGUCACGUUCGAGGUAGUCGUGCAGCCCAAGGGCGUUGAGGAGCCGCAGUAG